AUGAUUGAGUCGCAGUUUUAUCCGGAUGCUAAUCGCGUUGAGAACUGGCCAUCAUCGAGCACGUCUGCUCCGAUGCCCAGCGGUGAUCGUGUUAUCCAGCUGACGUCGCCUUCUGCUGCUUUCAUGACGUUGCGUGCACAAAGUGUAGGCACCGAGAGCAGUAGCUCACUGGUGACAUGUACUCCUGCUGGUGUUUCACUGAGCCAGGUCAAUUCGUCGGACUCAAGGUUGUCUUGUGACCACAUGUUGAUUUAA